CAUGGUGAGGAGGUGUCCCCUGCGGCCAGCGAUCUGGCGAUGGUGCUGACCCGCGGCUUGAGCCUCGAGCACCAAAAGAGCAGCCGGGACUCCCUGCAGUACUCAAGUGGCUACAGCACGCAGACGACCACGCCUUCCUGCUCCGAGGACACCAUCCCCUCACAAGGUUCGGAUUACGACUGCUAUUCUGUCAAUGGCGACGUGGAAGGCGAGAGCCAGAGCGAUUUUGACAAAUCCUCCACCAUCCCUCGCAACAGCAACAUUGCCCAGAACUACCGCCGCAUGAUCCAGACCAAGCGGCCUGCCUCUACAGCAGGCCUGCCCACCGGCACUGCCCUGCCGUCAGGUACCACUCCGGGUGUGGCCACCAUCCGCCGCACGCCUUCCACAAAGCCGACGGUACGCCGAACCCUCUCCAACGCCGGUCCCAUUCCCAUCAGACCACCCAUUGUCCCUGUCAAGACCCCCACGGUGCCUGACUCCCUUGGUUACACUGGACCCACCCGGGUGGGCAGUGAGGAAUGCGUUUUCUAUGCCGACGAUGCCUCACCCAACGCCAUGGACUUCUCCAAAGCCUCCCCCAAGAGGCUGAGCCUGCCCAACACAGCCUGGGGCAGCAACGUCAUGGAGAUCUCCGUGUAUGCAGGGGCUGGGCAGCACCUCUCCACGGAGGAGGAAGACCAACAGCUCGCAGCCAACCGCCACAGCCUGGUGGAAAAGAUUGGAGAACUGGUGGCCAGCGCACAUGCGCUUGGGGAAGGCCAGUUCCCUUUCCCAACGGCGUUGUCUACCCACGGCCCCGGGGAGGAGACACCCAUUCCUCCGCCGGCAGCCUCCAGCGACCCCCCUGCUGAAGACAUGUUAGUAGCAAUCCGCCGUGGGGUGCGCCUCCGCAGGACCAUCACCAAUGACAGGUCAGCACCGCGGAUUUUGUGAUGGCCUUUCCCCCCAGCUGCCUGUCACGAUGCCCCGCACGAAGUCAGGACUGAACCAGGAACAACCACCGUGACAAAAAAAACAAAAAGGUAGAAGAGAAUUAACAAACCGCAAAAAAAAGGCAAAGCCACUUUAUGGACAUAGCACCGAAGGCUAGAUUUAAAUGGAGACUAAAACGAAAAACAUCUUUGCUAACAUGCUCAGAAAGGUACAAGCCUGGCACUGAACUGGUUUUAGAGCCUAUUUUAUAUGUUGUUUUUCAACAGCCGCCCUCCCAAGUUUCCUUCCCCCCCACACCAUUCUGCACCUUCUUCCUGGCUUAUAGAAAUCAGUUUCUGCCAGCAUCACCCAGAGGCAAACCGUGUUGUUGUGUGUUUGUCAGGGAGGACCAAAAACCUGGACUGGAUUUAUCAGCUGUCAGGCACACAUCUCAGACGCAGCUGUAGCGCAAUGCAGGGGACGUCUCCUACAAAAAGCGCUCGUGUCUCCUCUGAACAGAUGCACCGUUAAGUCUUGUGCUGGAUCCUUCCCUCCACUGUCGUCUUUUCUGUGUUCCUAUCAUCUGUUUUUUGUACCCUCUGGUUCAAAAAAAAAAAGACUUCCUAGGUGGUUACAUCAACACAAACGAUUCCAGAGAAUCUGGCCCUGUUCAAAGAUGGCUCCUCGCAGCACAGCUGGACUUCAGGCUGAGCAAGCAGCUGCGAACAGGAGCCUCGUGAGAACGUGGCUGUCCAGUGGAAAGAGCUCACAUUGCCCACCUGGGUGCAGCGAAGCUUUCAGCAUAGUCAUGGGCAGUGUUCCCUCUAAGCUGAGUUCGUGUGAGCUAGCUCAGU